AUGUGUAAAGUAUCCUUAUUGUUUUGUUUUUUCUUGGGCCUUCUGGCUUUUGUUCAUGCAAAAGAAAAUAAAAAAAUUGAAUUUUAUGAAUUAAAGAGAGGAGAUUUGAGGCUUAAUUUGACAAACUAUGGUGCUUCAAUUGUGUCUCUUUUUGUGCCUGAUAAAUAUGGAAAGUUAGCCGAUAUUGUUCUUGGCUAUGAUUCCAUUGAGUCCUAUGAGACCGAUACAUGUUACUUCGGUGCUGUUAUUGGGCGUGUGGCUAAUAGGAUUGGAGGAGCUAAAUUCACUUUGGAUGGUAAAACAUACACGUUGCCGGCAAAUGAUCACGGAAACACACUCCACGGUGGCACGAAAGGGUUCGGUGAUAACGUAUGGACAGUAGAUUAUCACAAGGAAGACAGUCAUAUCACAUUUGCCUACAACAGUUCCGAUGGCGAACAAGGUUUCCCUGGAAAGGUUGAGGUUAGAGUGACUUACAUGUUACUUGAAAAACGCAUAUUGGGUGUGAAAAUGACUGCCACGCCGAUAGACAAACCGACACCCGUGAAUCUAGCACAACAUGCAUACUGGAACUUAAGAGGACACGACAGCGGCGAUAUUCUAUCACACACUGUUCAAAUCUUUGGUUCAAACAUCACUCCAGUAGACGAUAAACUCAUCCCAACAGGCAAACUCCAGCCCGUGGCCAACACGCCAUAUGAUUUCCUUACACCAAAAGAAGUUGGAAGUCGAAUUAACGAUCUUCCUGGUUUAUACGACAUUAACUACGCAUUGGACACAAGUGGUCAAAAUCAUUUGAGCAAAAAUGUUGUGGUGAGAGAUCCUGUCUCAGGGAGGAAAAUGGAGUUGUGGUCAAACCAAGUUGGGUUGCAAUACUAUACCAGUGGUAUGUUGGGUGAUACUAAAGGAAAGAAUGGAGCUACUUAUCACAAAUAUGGUGGCAUUGCUUUGGAGACACAGGGUUACCCAAAUUCAGUGAAUUUGCCUAACUUUCCAUCUCAGAUUGUGAAGCCUGGAGAGACUUACAAGCAUAUCAUGGUUUAUAGAUUCACAGCCAGCUAG